AAAACUCGAUUAGUAAAUGCAUUAUUGACUUUACAUCGGUUAUCUCGUGAUGUCAUAACAAGAUUUUAUAGACUACCAAACGAAAACAAUCGUUUUGUAUUAUAUUUUUUUAGGUCUACAAGGAAUUACUACACAGAAAGUAUCCAUAUUCUUACAAUAAGUCAUAUACGACUUUUCAUUCAUUUUAAACUCUGUUAUAUAAAGAACUUGGAAAAUGACUUCUGCAAUGGAAAAGCAUUUAUUCAAUUUGAAAUUUGCUUCAAAAGAAAUGGAAAGGAAUUCUAAAAGAUGUGAAAAAGAAGAAAAGGCUGAAAAAGUCAAAUUAAAAAAGGCUAUACAGAAAAAUAAUAUGGAAGGAGCUCGUAUUCAUGCUGAAAAUGCUAUUCGUCAAAAAAAUCAGGCACUUAAUUACUUAAGAAUGGCAUCACGAGUUGAUGCAGUUGCAAGCAGAGUUCAAACUGCUGUAACUACAAAGAAAGUCACUCAGUCGAUGGCUGGUGUUGUGAAGUCCAUGGAUGCAGCAAUGAAAAGCAUGAAUUUAGAAAAAAUUUCAUCUCUGAUGGAUAAAUUUGAAAAACAGUUUGAAGAUUUAGAUGUACAGUCAUCUUAUAUGGAAAAUACUAUGAGUUCAACAACUACAGUCACAGUGCCUCAAAAUGAUGUUGACCAUUUGAUGCGGCAAGUUGCUGAUGAAGCCGGCCUUGAAUUGAACUUAGAAUUACCUGAAGGAGGUACGGGAACAUUGGCAUCUACUGCUGCCUCUCAAGAGCAGGAUGAGCUGACACAGAGAUUGGCAAAACUGAGGCAGUCAUGAAGCUCUGUGAAAGAUACCAUAUGUUGCACUUAUUUGUUGUAUAAAUUUGUAAUAUGUUGCAGAUACAAAGUAUUUCUGUAUUUUGAACUCUGAAAUUGUAUAAUAUUUUAUUCAUAGAAAAAUAUUAUGUAGUUAAAUUUUGAACAAUUCAAGCUUUGUUUUGUAUUUUCUGUUUUGCACCAAGUGUAAAUUCAAGAAUAAAAUAUUUAUUUUGA